AUGCACUCCGCUAUUGCCCUUGCUGCCCUCUCGGGCCUCGCUCUCGUCAAUGCCCAAGUUCCAGGGGCGACUACCAUUGAAGGUUCACCCACAUACGAUGGACUCCCUGUUCCCGGCACAACAGGUAAACUUGGAAACGCUGCCAUCACCCAACACAACCCACAGUGCGUGACCUACAACGCCACCCUUCCCAGCACCGGCAGCAUUCAAGGCUACGUUGCGGCGACGGCUAAUGCAAAUGGUACCGGUGUAUUCUUCAACGUCUUUCUUACUGGCCUCCCCAGCGAGUCUCUUGGCCCGUUCUUGUACCAUAUUCACGAUCAGCCAGUGCCGGCCGAUGGUAAUUGCACCGCAACGGAGGCUCAUCUUGAUCCUUACAUCCGUGGCGAGAUCCCUCCGUGUGACAACACCCAACCGGAAACCUGCCAGGUUGGAGAUCUCACCGGCAAGCACGGCAACGUCACCAUAAGCCCAUUCGCGGCUCAAUACUCUGACCUUUACGUUUCGACCCAGGCCGGUCUUGGAAGCUUCCUUGGCAACCGCUCCAUCAACAUUCACAGCGCCAACACUACCCGCCUUGCCUGCGCCAACUUUGAGCUUGUCAGCAGCUCUUGCAACAGCUCCACCUCAGGCUCCAACUCGACUACAUCGACCACUGCCCCGAAGCCAUUCCUUGGUAGUGCCAGCACCACAUUUGUCAGCAUCGGUGCCGUUGCUGCUGGUCUCGUCGCGUUCUUGUUGUAA